AAUAGUAUGGUUCUUUCUGCUGCUAUCUUCGUCACACUGAUUGGCCUGAUCAUAUACCUGCACUUCGUGAAAAUUGACCAGGAAUCCCUGUUGGUCAUCGGCUCACUUGGCAUUCAGGUGACUUCAUCUUAUGCUUAAAAAACCUUCAUUGAGAUGGGCCGAGUGAAGGAUGUGGUUAUCAACGAAGCCAUCCAUAUGCAAAAAGUUAUCUACUACCUGUGCAUCCUCCUCCAGGACCCAGGAGAUCCUGAGGGAGUGUCUGAGGUUGUGCCACUCUUUCAGAGCUCCAAGCCACGUCUGGACUGCUUGAUAGAAGUGUACAGAAGUUGUCAAGAAAUCCUGGAGCAGAGGAAGACAGCUCCACAAUCAAGUGGAAUAAAAUAG